AAAUAAAAUAAAAUGAUGCGCUGGUGGUUAUAAGAAGAUAUCCUCGACUACUAAUUCUAAAUAAAUCCAGUUGGAUUGGAGUCCUUUCCAUUUUUUUUUUCUUUGUUUAUUGGUCUGCUUCUUCAAGUUUACCUGCCAUGGCAAACCCUUACAGAUCAAAACAAGGCCUUAGCGCGAGGCCGGUAGGUACUGCCGACGAAAUUCAGCUAAGGAUUGAUCCCUUGCACGGAGACCUAGAUGAACAAAUCACUGGUCUCCAUUCCCAAGUUAGACGUCUUAAAACUGUGGCUCAAGAGAUUGAAUCAGAAACAAGGGUUCAGAAUGAUCUACUUGCAGAUUUGCAAUUGACCUUGAGUCAAGCUGGGGCUGGGGUGAAAAAUGGAAUGAGGAGGUUGAACAGGACUAUCCAGCAGAGCUCAAACCAUAUCGUGCAUGUGGUUAUUUUUGGAUUAAUAUUUUUCACUAUAAUCUACUUCUGGUUCAAGGUAGUUGGAAAAUGAAGAUUGGCUAGGUUGCACCAGAGUUGCACGAGGCAUGGUUGUUUAUGAACUCUUUUGGCUCUUUUUUUUUUUUUGUUUAUUCCCUUUAAGUUACUUUUGGUCCAGCUGGUUAGAAGAUGGAAGACCAACUAAUAUCUCAGUCCCAGUUUCAGUUCUUAAACACAGCCACUAUUUGGGAUUGAGAAGGACCACAUCAGAAACACAUUUAGGUACACUAUUUAAUGUUUAAUAUUAGAACAUUAACAUAGUUUUAAAGUUCCUUUAAAUGUAUAGCCAGUCAUAUGACUAAUUGUUGAACGAUAAAAAAAAAA